AGAGCUAAGCUACAGAGAGGAGGUAGCAGGACCGGGGCGGCGGCGGCCCGACCAGAGGGGGCGCUGCGGGGCCGGGGGAACCCAAAGGGGGGAUGGCCAUGGCAGCCUCGGCGGCAGCCACGGCCACGGCCACGGCCUCGGCCUCUGCAGCGGCUGCCGAGGCGGUACACUACAUACACCUGCAGAACUUCUCACGCUCACUGCUGGAGACCCUCAACGGGCAGCGACUGGGAGGCCACUUCUGUGAUGUGACAGUGCGCAUCCGGGAGGCAUCCUUGCGUGCACACCGCUGCGUGCUGGCUGCCGGCUCGCCUUUCUUCCAGGACAAGCUGCUGCUAGGCCACUCGGAGAUCCUGGUGCCUCCCGUGGUGCCCGCACAGACUGUGCGCCAGCUCGUCGAGUUCCUGUACAGCGGCUCUCUCGUGGUGGCCCAGAGCGAGGCGCUGCAGGUGCUGACGGCCGCCUCCAUCCUGCAGAUCAAGACGGUCAUCGACGAGUGCACCCAGAUCAUCUCCCAGGCUCGUGGAGCCGGUGCGCGGGGACCAGAGGACGGGGCCUCCGGGCCUGCCGCCGCUGCCUCUACCGCUGCCUCGGCUGAGCUCUGCGCGCCCGGGCCCGGGCUCGGGCCCGGGCCAGGGGCCGAGGUCCGUUACAAGCUUCGAGACCUGCUCUCUGCCCAGCAGCAGCAGCAGCAGCAGCAGCAGCAGCAUCCGCCGCCACCACCACCACCGCCGCCGCCGCCGCGGACUGUGGCAGUGGCAUCAGCAGCGGACGCGGGUCCCCACGGCUGUCACAGCCGCAAGCAGAGGCAGCCCGUACGCCUGCAGCUGCUGGAGCAGCUGCCCGUGGUGGUCAAGGACGAGGAGGGAGAGGCCUCACCCACCCGGGUGGCCACCGCAGGGCCAGGGGGGCCGGAGGGGGCUAGAGAAGGGUCGGGCCAGGGGGAUGGGGUGGAGGACGAAGAGGAUGAAGAAGAUGACGAUGAGGAGGAUGGGGCUGAGGAAGAGGAGGGCGGCGGUGGGGGUUGCUUUAGUCAGUGUGGGGGAGGCUUCUUUACCGAGGGGCUUAAAGAGCCUCGGAAGGAACCCGCCACCGCAGUGCCAGAUUUGGCCCCCUCAGAACCUCCCGGAGGGAGAGACUAUUUUGGCGGAUCCUCAGAAGAGGUGUUUCCUGAGAGCUUUAUCCCUGUGUGGCCCAGCGAGGAGGUGGCUGAGGGGGGCCCCCGGGAUGCAGCUCCCCCGGCUCUAGACGCCCCUCCCCCAGCCCCUGCUCGGCCCGACUGCAGCUUGGGGCCGCCUCAAAGUUCCGGCUUUGGACCUCGGCCCCCUGAGCCCCGCGCCCUGGGCUUUCCCGGCCCCACCACCGCUGGGGUGAAGGGCGCGGGGGCCACUGGCUUGUUCCCCUUCCAUCUGCCUGCUCCUCCCCCGGGGCCUCCCCAGCCUCCGCCCUUCUUCAGCCCCCUCCAGCCAGAAGGCUCUGCAGGCGGAGGCGGAGGGGUCUCUACAGCCUCGGCCUCGGCAGCUGCUGGCCUGGGGGGGUUAGGCCCCAUCCAGAUCCAGCACAGUGAAGGUCCUGGUCCGCCUGCGCCCCCCGGGCCGGGGCCCAGGCCCCCAGAGCUGCCGUCCUAUGAAUGCAGCCACUGCCAGAAAACAUUCAGCUCCCGCAAGAACUACACGAAGCACAUGUUUAUUCAUUCGGGGGAGAAGCCCCACCAAUGCUCAGUGUGCUGGCGCUCCUUCUCACUCCGAGAUUACCUCCUCAAGCACAUGGUCACCCACACGGGGGUCCGGGCCUUCCAGUGUUCUGUCUGCUGCAAGCGCUUCACUCAGAAGAGUUCACUCAAUGUGCACAUGCGCACGCACCGGCCGGAGCGCGUCCCCUGCCCGCUCUGUGCCAAGGUUUUCUCCCACCGUACACUACUGGAAAGACACCUCAGUUCCCACCCUGCUCCCUGACCCCCCUGCUCAACCCCCAGCUCUCCCGCAGCCACCCUAACCUAUGCCCAAGCCAGAGACUCCUAAGAGAUUCUUGUGGCCCCCGAAAUGCCCAAGGCCACUCUCCUUACUGGAACCUUAAACUCUGCUAGUGGAGGGGGGUCCCGUGGCUGGCUAGCAUCGACCUGGUGACCUCUAAUAUUCUGGAGUUUGAAUGAGAUUCAAGCCUUCCCUCCCUCCCCAGUCAGGGCCCCCCUUCCCUCCAUGGGCUGCUCCCCACUCUUCUUACUGCUGAGCCUUGGACUGCCUGCCAGAGGAAGUGUAGGUGUCCAUGAUCCUCUGACCCGUGGGAGGGUAGUCCCAGGCUGGCCUUGUAUGGGCUGCCGUAUGUGGCUCUUUUUUGGAGUUGGGAGCCUCUUCUGUGACUUCCCCUGGGUAUUUUUUUGUUGUUGUUAAAAGGCAAAAAAGGCGGUGCAUUCAUAAAGUCAUAUUGAAAUGUC